AUGACUUCUGUUGAUGCGAAACUGCUGAAAUCGACUAAAUUUCCACCUGAAUUCAACCAGAAAGUCGACUUUCAGAAGGUUAAUUUGGAGGUUAUGAAAAAAUGGAUCGCAGGAAAGAUAUCAGAUAUAUUAGGAGCUGAAGAUGAUGUUGUGAUUGAACUGUGCUUUAAUCUUAUUGAGGGUUCUCGAUAUCCGGACAUUAAAAAGCUACAGAUACAGCUUACAGGUUUCCUCGACAAAGAUACUCCUGGCUUUUGUAAAGAAUUAUGGAAACUUUGUCUGAGUGCGCAAACUAAUCCUCAAGGAGUUCCCAAGGAACUUCUUGAGGCGAAAAAGAUGGAACUCAUACAAGAGAAGAUACAAGCCGAGCAAGCUGCAGAUGAGGCACGUCGACGCCGCGAAGAAGGUGAACGGAGAGAUCGCGAAAUGCAUGCAAUAAGAAAUCGCGAACGAGGCGAUCGCGGUGGACGUGGGCGAGGAGGGGGAGAUAGCUGGCGUGGCAGUCGUGGGGACAGAGAUUUUGAUCGAAGUGGUGGCAGAGGGUUUGAUCGAAGAGGUCCAAGAUAUUCAAGGUCACCACGUGGAGGACGAGACAAUAGAGAUUAUGGUCCGCCACCUCGAAGAGAGUUUGAUACUUACGUUCCUGCGGGGCGUGGUAGACGGGAAGAUAGACGAAGGCCAUCUUUAUCGCGCUCUAGGUCACCUUCAAGAUCAAAAUCCUCAUCGCGAUCUCCACCGAGACGACGCAGUCGGUCAGUUUCAGAAUCUCGGUCACCAUCCCCUCGUAGACGGAGGUCCAGAUCGCCAGAUAGGCGCAACCGUGGCAGAGGUGGUAGAGGGCGUGCGAGAAGCCCAGAGAGAAGACCCCGACGUAGAUCCCCCUCGCCCUCCGAAUCUCGUUCCCCACCUCGAAAGCGAAGAAGAGCUUCAACUGAAUCUUUAAGUCGCUCUCCACCUCCGAAGUCUCGCAGAUAUCGUCGUCGCAACACGAGUUCCGGAUCUAGGUCUCGAUCUACUUCUUCAUCAUUAAGCCGAAGCCCAGCUCCACGCAAGAGAACUGCAUCACCGUUGAGCCCUGCCGGGAACGGUAGACGAACUAGUCGCGAGGCGAGGCGACCCACGCGGAGUCUUAGCCGGAGUGCUUCCCCGCCCGCUAGACGUCGUAGCGAUUCCGUAAAAGACGAAAGUCGCAACGGAAGGAAUGAUCAUGGGAGGAGGCGUCGUUCCAUGCAAAGAUAUGAACCCGCAAGUCGAAGAAGAAGAGAUAGCUCUUCAGGUGUAGAGGAUGGAAGAGACAAAAGGACUGAUGCUGAAGUUAAAAGCGAUAGGGGAUCGCCAACUCGAGACGUCGAAGCCACAAAAUCAGCUGGAUCUGCCGAACCUGCAGAGGUAGGUAGUGAUUCAUAA